AUGAAACAAAAAAAAAACUUAUUUAUUAUUAUAAAUGUUGCUGUAUUUCUCCCUUUAAUUUGGAUAUACAAUUCUAACAAUAAUCUGAGUACACUUAGUGAAUCCCUGAAUGAAAAUUCCUGCCUUGGUAGAAAAUUAGUUACAAGAAUUUAUCGCUUACUAGCAAAUUAUAAACAACAAUAUUCAAAUAAUGUAUAUUUGAAAAAGAAAUUUCCAAAUAAUGGAGUGAAUGAAAAAAAGGAUAUCCAUAGUAAUAAAAUGGAUAUAACAGAAAAAAGGAAGCAAUCGAAUAGAAGUUUAUUAAAUAAGGCACAGUACUAUACAGAAAUUGUUGAUUAUAAUAAUGGAAUGUUUGAUGGAAAACAUUUCCAUUUUGAAAAAAAAUGGAUUAGAAAAAAAGAUUAUGAUAAUUUUCUUGAAAGAAAAAGGAAAAUUUGUGAUAUAACUUUAAAAAAAAUAAAAUUUAAAAAUUAUGGAUUUGGAGUUGCUAUUUUUUUUUUUUUUUUUCCUGUUGGGAAUAGGAUUACCCAUAUAUCGAGGAUUAGAGAUGUCUAUCAAAGAUUUAGAUAG